AUGAAUGAGCACUACAAGCAGCUUAUCAAAUUGCAGGCCUCUACGGCCACAGCCUCCACCGAGGCGGACAUCCAGAGGCUCAAGAAGGAAGCCCUCAAUGUCUACAUCGAGUGCACGAAGUCGGACCUAGCCCUCAACAACUUCGUGGUUCGUGCGAAGAGUGUCGCCAAGAGUGGUGGUGCCCCAGCUGCUGGGGCAGCAAAGGCUAAAGCCAAGCCAAAGGGUCCUGAUGAGAGCGAAUCUUCUGACGGAAACAUUUGCAGAAAUGUGCACCGACUGCUGAAGAGUCCUCGAUUUACGCUACAAGUGGAUAUCAAGCAUACAAUCAUCAGCAUCCGGCAUGCCCGAACGCGAAAGCUGCUGAACAUCCCUUGGCCUGUGAUACCAAUGUCCAGCUGGGUGCACUACAUCAUGCAGGAGCAGGGAGGGUCUCUACUUUUACAGGGGAACCACAUCUCCCAAAUUGGCAAGUGGAAGCACGACUUGAAAGAAUUCUGGGACUUCUAUGAAAAGGUGGACCCUUCCCACCCAACUUUCGAGCAGAAUCUGGAUAGGGAAUGCACCUUGCCUUUCUUUGUGCAUGGCGACGAGGGCAGAGGCCGCGGGAAACAACCUGUGAUGAUUCUCAGCUUCCAGGGGCUGUUCAGUCACUUUGGGAGGCAGAGGCUCAAUGAGAGCGGGUUGUCCAUGACGGCCAAAAACAUCACUUUCGAAUGGCAUGGCUCGGUUGCAAAGGAGACUGGGCAGAUCUACGCAGGAUAA